GAAAAGAGGAAAAAUCAUAAAGAUGGCCAUUAGCUUCUCUUCAUGUGAACAUGCAGAGGAAGAAGAAGAAGAAGAAGACUACAUAGACAUGGAAGUGAGUUCCUCAACUGCAUUCUUAAGCUACAACAUCAACUCUCCUCCUCAGAACAGAGAGUUUGAGUUCCAGAAGUCAUUAGCUUCUCUUGAAAGGGAACGUUCAACAUCUCCAGCUGAUGAACUCUUCUACAAAGGGAAGCUCCUACCUCUUCACCUCCCUCCUCGUCUUCAAAUGGUUGAAAAACUCCUCGACCACAAGCAGCAGAAUUCCAACUCUUCUUCUACUGAUGUCAGGACAAGAACAGAGCUCAUCUCCAAAGAGAACUAUUCCACUUUCUUCACCACUACCCCCACCACAACCACUUGCAGUACCCCCUUUGAGUCCUGCAGCGUUUCUCCCUCCCAGUCUUGCCGGGUCAGUGGUGAACUGAGCCCUGCGGGGUACUUCAGUGGUUUCAUAGGUGAGCAGCCAAAGAAGUCUUGGUCCAAAAAGCUCAAAUUGAUCAAGCAGUCUUCAUUGGGUCUCAAAUUGAAGGCUUCACGGGCUUAUCUCAAGUCUCUGUUCAGCAAAUCUGGGUGUUCUGAUGGGACCUCUGCAGAGGCUGCAAGGAAUGGGGACGAAUUGACCAUUUCCAAAGCCAAAGAGUGUUUGAACAGGUACAUGAAGGUGACGAAGAAGAACCCAUUUGGCCAAAUUCAAAGAGAGAGGCACGACGAAAUGGCAGUUAAUGUCAUGGCUGGGAAAGAGAAAUUGAUAGAUGAGAGUGGUGGUGAUGGCCACAGGAGGUCAUUCUCAGGGGUCAUCAAACGUCACUCAGCAAUCAAAUCAUCCCCAUCUUCAUCCUCAUUCUCAAGUAAUCCAAAUGGGUUUUAUGAGUUGCAGUUCCUUAAGAGAAGUAGCAGUGCGAAUUCAGAGAUUGAGAGCUCAAUUCAGGGAGCAAUUGCUCACUGUAAACAGUCUCAGCAGUUUAGUUCGAGAAAGACAGUGAAUGAAGUUGGGUUUUGUUCGUUCUCUACUUCAAGGAUUGCACUUUGUGAGAAUCAAGAAAGGCCAGGACACUGUAGGGGAUGAUGAUGAUUUCAAAUUAAAA